AUGUCGUUGAAAUAUUUUAUAGAAAAUGAAUUUAUUAUUGAAUAUCAUCCAUCAUCAUGCUAUACAAGCCGAGAAAUAGAUUAUUCGGCAGAAUUGGGGAGAUUUUUAAUAGAAGACUUUUCAUCUAGUAAUUUUGUAGAAUUUAACGAUGCCUUGGCAAAAAAUAACUUAGCAGAGUCAAUGGAAGACUCUUCAUCUAAAACAAUUAUUAAUUAUGCAGAGGUUUUGACAACAGAAUAUUCAGAUUAUUUAAUGGAAGAUUUAAAUAUAGAACAUCUAGAAGAGGAUGAGCUUGAAAAACGAGUACUUUAUUUUAGUAAAAGGUUGGAUUUCUAUACCAAGCAAUUAAAUGAUAAAAAGACUCGUAAAAUCAAUGUUAACUAG